AUGUUCAUAUUCAUCCUCCUAAACCUCGUCCUCCUUACAACUGCCCUUCCAGCUCCUCACUUCCAAUACAUCGGCUGCAUCUCCCGCCAGUCCUCUCCAACAUUCACGCCUACAUCCCUGACAGCACCAAUAACCAUCUCGCAAUGCAUCCAAGCCUGUUCCGGAAAAGCUACCCUCGUCGCCAUCGGCAACGGUAUCUGCUUUUGUGACCAGGGAAGUGCCUCUGCAUCCUUCGAACUUGUCGACGAGCAGCGCUGCAGUGAGCCCUGUGUCCCAGGCGACGGACGGUGUGGCGGAGAGGGCGUUUUGAGCUUGUACCAAAUCUCUGGCUGUAAGGGGGAUUGCAAUGGGGGCCGAAAUGGUACUGUCCCACCUAUUGUGCCGCCUUCGCCUUGUACGCUGUGUGGUGCAUCAAAGCCUGUUUAUACGCCUGUUCCCACGCCUGCGACGAAAGUUCAGUCAGCCAAUUGUCCACCUGGAGGAUGUCAGACGGCUGUGACCGUUCCGAUAUCUACACCUGUUUCGAGCAACUCGACUUCCAAGCCCUGUGCGUCUGGAGGAUGUUCCGCCGAUGACCAGUCUGGCAGUCAGGCUGGAUCGGACCAAGCACCGACCGGCCAAGGUUCUAACGCAGCACCUAGUCUUGCGAGUGAGAGCCCGAGAUUGUAUACACCGGGUAUACUAUCAGCUAUCGCAGCAGUUAUUUUUGGGUUGGCAUUGGUAUGA